AUGGGCCUGGGCGCCGUACCACCAGAACUGAUUCUCAAUAUCGCCAGAUUCUUACACUUGCGGAGGGACGUCAACGCCCUGGCCAGGGUGAACCAGUACCUAUACGCCAUCCUAGAUCCGGUUCUCUACCAUGGCAGUGCCAAACGUCUUUCCGGCUAUGUCCUUCAAUGGGCCACGAGGAAUGACAGCGUCCAAACAGUAAAGAAAGCACUGCAAUACGGGGCUUAUCCCAACGCAGUCGAAAUCGGCGAGAACUGUGCCCUCAGAUUCGCUGUAGAGCAUGGGCAUCUGGCAAUUGUCAAGCUCCUGCUCGACCAUGGCGCCAUCAUUCGCGACCCAAUGAUCCUGGGAACCGCCGCUCUCCACGGGUUCGACGAGAUAACGAAGUUGCUCCUCGACCAUGGGGCAAGCCCGAAUGCCGUGGCAUGUCAGGGCAAGACUCCUCUCCUGCUCGCCGCACAGAAAGGGAGUGAGACUACUUUUGCAUUGCUCUUGCAGCGUGGAGCC